CGCCAGCCACUUUCACCUCAUGCCACAGUGAUCAACCUGCCUUUCCAAGUACGACUUAGAAGGUCCGCUACCUGCCGCGCGACAACCUCGAUGAGAAGAGCCCCUAUGCGCCUCGCUUCCGACUAAUACGUUAAGACAUUAAUCUCUAAAGUAAAGUUAGGACGAGUCGUCUCUGAAGCUGUCGAUAAUUCUUACAUGAUAUAUAACGUUCCUUGUCCAGCAUACUUUCGAGCUUCUGUUGCGCCGGUACCACCGCGCGACGCUACGGAAGAUGCCUAUCAUUAAUGGACAAAAGAUGGCCUGUGAGCCAUGUAUACGAGGGCAUCGAUCAACAAAAUGCGCGCAUUUGGGGGAUCGUAUGCUAUUACCUGUGCGAAAGCCGGGUCGACCGCUGAGCACUUGUCCUCAUCCGCCGGGCAAGCCGUGCCAAUGUCGGAAUGUAACGGCUGCGCUCCCUAAAGGAGGUUCAUGUCGAUGCGGUGGUAGCCCGCCUAGUAAGACUAACGGCACGCCGGCCAUCGUCAAGGCCGAACCAUCAGACAACCCGCCGCUAUCGCCUACGAAACAAGCGUCAUUUCGAAUUCAGAAACCGACAGCAAAGCCAAACCGAAAACAAUCUACUGAUGCUUCCGCUUCGGCUCUACAGCGCAUGAACGCUAACAGCUUGAACUUGAUUGGCGCGAGUAGUGUUUUACCGGCAUCUCCCGCGAAUGUUAUCGCUUCUUCCGCUGAUUAUACGAAUUACAUCCCGCCCUUACAAAACGGUAGUCACCAGUAUCCCUCCUAUCCGCAGAUAGCUUCUCGUCUAGACAGGCAACUAGACUCCUCUCUACUUGCCCUAAACAACGGCCUGUCGAAUAUAUCGCCAACACAACCUUCCAGAAACGGAAUUCCAGACCGUUCAAAUAAUUCAACGGUUAGUUCAGAAACGAUGACAUCUGGUGCAUCCAGCUCGCCCUACCACACGCCGAUUUCGAGCACUGAAGAUUCUUCGCAAGAAAAACCCUUGGGACAACCCGGAAGCUGCUGUUCUCAGAGGGUACAACAACCUCCACAGAUACAGACUCACAUUCAAUUCCAGAGCCAACUUCAUGCUGGACCUCAGCAGUCCUCGAACAUGAUGGGCUAUAUACCCCAAAUUCCCACAGGUAACGGCUCUAUGACAGCGCAUUUUCCACCACAAGUGUCGGCUGAACAACAAAUAUAUCCGAUGAACCACUUCCAGCAACCAGCCCUAUACUCAGACCAGGCCCCAUUUGGGACGUACCAUUUCCCGCUACAGCAAUCGCAAUGGGAGCAGUUAGUAGCAAAUCUUUUGCCUCAAGUCGAACCAAAUGGAGGUGCCUCGGGUUCCUAUACGAGUCACGUAUGCCACUGUGGCCCUGAAUGCGACUGUCUUGGAUGCCCUGCCCACCCGUACAACCAAGCAACGUGUCAGUAUAUUCGCGAUGUCAUGGCCUUCCAGGAAGAGCCCGUGGACGGGAAUAUUGAUACGGGCAAUUCAAUACCGGACCCGCCGCUAGCGGUGGGCGAAGCAUCACCACCACCACCACCGACGCACAGCCCAGUCGACACGGAGUCGCCAGGCGCGAACGAUCUAAAUCUAUCGCCCAGCGAAUUUCUCUUCGUCGAUUACGGCCACGGAAUGUGUGGAUGUGGCGAUGACUGCGCGUGUGUUAAUUGUAUGAUUCACCGAGACCCACUGGACGCGAAGAUACAUGGAGGGUCUCAGGACAAGACCCCGAACUAAAGGAGAGGGGGUAACAAGGCUAUUUCUCUGGCGCAUGGAUUGGUGUCCAACUGCACGAUGCCUUUGGCGGAAGCGACAAUGCGAUAGAUUAACUAAUAUCCCCAAGGAUUGUGGAUGAAGCCCACGAGAACAGAACAUUCGAACGUAUUAUUGAUA